CCCUCAGUGCUUUCCCUCCUGCUAGCACACACAUACAUGGCAGUUCCUGAUCGCACACACACACGCCCUACUCCUGCCUCCCUCUCUGUGUGAGGUGCUCUUUGCUCUGGCGAUGUCGGGUUUGGUGGACGUGUAUUGCUCCCUGUGGAGGAGGAGGGCACGCUGAAACUUCCUUGCAUCUCUCUGCUCAUCUGUCGGGAACCUGCUGAUAACGGCUGCCGUCGUGCGUGGCUAUAGAUGUCCUCUGUCAUGGCCAAGCGAGAGGCUGGGAGCACCAGCCCUGUGGUGCGUCAGAUAGACAAACAGUUUCUGGUCUGCAGCAUCUGUCUGGAUCACUACCGCAACCCCAAGGUUCUUCCCUGUCUGCACACCUUCUGUGAAAGUUGCCUCCAAAACUACAUUCCCCCAGAGUCUCUGACGCUCUCGUGCCCGGUGUGUCGACAGACGUCCAUCCUGCCAGAGAAAGGCGUUUGUGCUCUUCAGAACAACUUCUUCAUCACUAAUCUCAUGGAGGUUCUUCAACGAGACCCAGAGUGCUCACGGCCUGAGGCCUGCAGUGUCCUUGAGUCAGUCAGCGCUGCAGUCGCAGGGAAGCCCCUCUGUUGCCCAAACCACGAGGGAAAGGUGAUGGAGUUCUACUGCGAGUCGUGUGAGACGGCCAUGUGUUUGGACUGCACAGAGGCCGAGCACCGGGAGCAUGUGACCGUUCCCCUGCGGGACGUUGUAGAACAGCACAAGGCUGCUCUGAAGACGCAGCUGGAUGCCAUUCACAGCAGGCUCCCUCAGAUUACAGCAGCCAUUGAGCUGGUGAGUGACAUCUCUCGCCAGCUGAAUGACAGGAAGAUCGAGGCGGUGGCAGAGAUCACAUGUACAUUUGAGGAGCUGGAGCGGGCGCUGAAUCAGCGCAAGACAGCCCUUAUCACAGACCUGGAGAACAUCUGCAGCGCUAAGCAGAAGGUCCUUCAGGCCCAGCUCUCAUCUCUCCUGCAGGGGAAGGAUCACAUCCAGAGCAGCUGCAGCUUCACAGAGCAGGCUCUCAGCCAUGGCAGUGCUACAGAGGUGUUGCUGGUUCAGAAGCAGAUGAGUGAGCGGGUAACAGCGCUGGCCAGACAUGACUUCCCAGAGAGGCCGCAUCAAAAUGCACAUCUGGACUGUCAGGUGGAGACUGAAGGUUUGCGACGCUCCAUCCAGAAUCUUGGCGUUCUCCUCACCACAGCCGCUGUGGCUCACACCUCUGUGGCCACAGGAGAGGGCCUCCGACAUGCAGCAACUGGACAGCACCACACCGUUACCGUGACAACAAAAGACAAAGAUGGCGAUCUGGUACGGACAGGAAAUGCAGUUUUAAAAGCAGAGAUAACGUCUGCCGACGGGGGCCGCGCUGCAGAGACAGAGAUAGCGGACAAUAAGAACGGGACGUAUGAAGUGGGCUACACAUUGCGUUCGGAGGGGGAGUACUCCUUCUCUCUGUUGCUUUACGGCCAGCCGAUACGAGGCAGCCCUUUCCGUCUGCGGGCGGUCAAACCCUCAGAUGUGCCACAAUCUCCAGAUGACGUGAAGAGGAGGGUGAAGUCUCCCAGCGGGACUGGGGGCCACAUACGGCAGAAAGCAGUGCGACGGCCUUCCAGCAUGUACAGCACCACCAAGAAGAAGGAGAACCCGAUAGAGGACGAGCUCAUCUACAGAAUGGGUACCCGCGGCAGAGAAAAGGGGGAGUUCACAAACCUGCAAGGAAUCUCUGCCACGAGUAAUGGCCGAGUGGUGGUUGCAGACAGCAACAACCAGUGCAUUCAGGUUUUUACCAACGAUGGCCAGUUCAAGAUGCGUUUUGGGGUCAGAGGACGUUCUCCUGGGCAGCUGCAGAGACCGACAGGCGUCACUGUGGACAUGAAUGGUGACAUUGUGGUUGCCGACUACGACAAUCGAUGGGUCAGCAUUUUCUCCUCAGAUGGCAAGUUUAAGAAUAAGAUCGGUGCAGGCCGGCUCAUGGGUCCUAAGGGCGUGGCUGUAGAUAAGAAUGGACACAUUAUCACUGUGGACAACAAAGCCUGCUGUGUCUUCAUCUUUCAAUCAAAUGGAAAACUGGUGACCAAGUUUGGAGGCAGGGGGACGUCUGACAGACAGUUUGCAGAAAAACUUGGCCCAAACUAUAAUAAAUCUGGCUCAGUUUUCAGUCCACACUUUGUUACAGUGAACAACAAGAAUGAAAUUAUUGUGACGGACUUCCACAAUCACUCUGUAAAGGUGUACAGCGCAGACGGAGAGUUCUUGUUCAAGUUUGGCUCCCACGGUGAAGGCAAUGGCCAGUUCAAUGCUCCCACUGGUGUGGCUGUGGAUGCUAAUGGAAAUAUCAUUGUAGCUGACUGGGGUAACAGCAGAAUACAGGUGUUUGACAGCACAGGCUCCUUCUUAUCUUACAUCAACACCUCAGCAGACCCUCUGUACGGCCCCCAGGGCCUGGCCCUCACCUCAGACGGACACGUGGCUGUUGCUGACUCCGGCAACCAUUGCUUUAAGGUUUACAGAUAUCUCCAGUAGGCUGAGCAAAGACAUUCUCUGACACACAACUCCUGCUUUUACUGGUUGAAAUCACAGAUUGCUUGUGGACAUAGAGCUGAGACAUAUACCUGCAUCAUUUACGGUGAUCCCAGGUUUCUUUUGCCCAAAACAUUAAUACGAGAAAAAGUGUUUUUUCUUUUUUACAUAAACCGACAAAUUCAAUAGUAAUUCACUUGUCUACUAAAGACGGAAUGAGCACGUUAUUUAUUCAUUCCUUUCUGUGAAGACAAAUGUCAAGAAACUGUUCUGGUAAAACAAGGACUAGUAAAGGAAGAUUUCAAUACAAUUCCUGUAAUUACAUAUUAUAUAUUUACUCAUGGUCUGUCUAUUUUAAAAUGUAGAACCUUGAGUAUAUAUUUCAAAAUCAUAUUUAAAUAAUGAACUGGUAAUAAACCUCCCGUCCUGGGUGCUUUAGGAUGAGUUGGACCUCACCGUAAAUAGCCUGCAAUCUGAAGUUGGCAAUUUUUUCAGAGCAAUGCAGAUGAGCAGCUUAACCAUCAACCAGCGACACAAAGGGACACACAAGAGAAAAAAAAGUCUACUUCUUAUUUCCUGGUGCAAACACCAUGCUUUGCGAUUGAACAAUGCUCAGGCCUUUCCUUGAACAGGUUUGCAUGUCUGUGCUCUUGAAAACACUAGACCCUGUCGUCACUGCCUUUUUCUCCUGAUCAGUAAAACACCACAUGCAAACAGGAAUGUGUAGAUUCAUGAAAUGAUUUCUUCUUCUUCUCAUUCUGCACCUUAUCACUCUGACAAAAUACCUGCACGUGGAUAUAGAUUGAUUUUGUCCGGUCAUUCAAGUUCAUUUGACUUGUAUGCAACUUUUUCUUUUCUUUGGGCAUUUUUAGUUCCCAAAGACAAGCGACAAAAAAAGCACAACAGCAAAUGGAUCAGCAGUGUUUUUGAGCACAUCGUAACCAGCUCUUUUAGCUCGACUUUUCUCUUCUAUUAAACCAAACAAGCCCCCACUAGUACCUGCACUUUUGUGAAUCAUAUCUACAACCUAUUGUACUUGUAAAUAUACAUAUUAUGGUGUAUAUAUGGAUUUGGUGUCCUUGUUAUUUCACUAAAUAACCUACUUAUCAAAGAUUUCAACACUGGAAUAUUUACUAUCCCAUCACAAGGUCAUGCCAAGUAGUAGCCAGUGACAAAUGACAUCAAUGGAACAAAGUUGUAUGCGCUUUAUUUGCUGUGUUUUUAUUUUUUCAAAGGACUUAAUUUAUUUUUUAUUUUAUUUUCUACUUAAUUUGUUCUACAAAAUUAUUUUUCUAAUUGGUGCAUUUUUGCCAAACAUUCUUGUACAUAGGCCUUGUGACUUGUAGCACUGAAAGCUGUUCUCUCUUGCGCCUCCUCCCCAAAAUCUCACAUCCAGUUCAAAAGGUCACUUUUUUCCUUCUGCCAAAAAUAACCCCCCCCCCCCCCCCCCCCCCACCCCCACAUUGUCGUAAGUUGUUGAUGAACAAUGCAAAAAGAAAAUAAUCACGCACUUAUUCUAAGAGUUCUAUCGUUUGCAAGAGUAAUAUAUGCCUCUGUGUAUAGUUAUCAUUGAACAUAAUCAGAAAGCGUACUGUAUAUUACAAUCAUAUUCUUGUUGUAGCUGACAAGCACCUUUAUCAUGAGGUCUUUUGUAUUCAUUUUUCUUGGUAGUUCAGUGUUUCAAAGGUUUUCAGUGUGGAGCGACACAACACCAGCUAACAUGCAGUAACACAGACAGUUUGUCACCUGUGUUUUUAUGAAUAAACUGUCCCUUCUUGAUUAUAGAUCUAUAUUUAAUUCCUGUUUCCCCACAUCUCUAUUUCCUGUUUAUUGAAAAGUCUUUGUAAUGACAGAGUAAGUUUGACGUUUCCUUCUGCGUUACUGUUUCUUUUUAAUCCCCAUCUCACCUGUACGCCCCCUCCUCAUGUCUGUGAAAUAAACGAAGCACAUUCAAAUUGAACACUACAUGAAUCAUCAUGUGUAGCCUGCUCUGUACUACAAGAGGCCAGUCCACAAAACAUAAAGUACUGCAUUUAUGUAACCAUGGCAAAGGUAUGCUUGUAAAUAUUAAAGAAUGACACUAUGAA